CUAACCCCGCCCUCCCCGGCCACCUCCCCCGGCACCUCCCCGGCAGCCCCGGCUGUCUGUCAGGUUCACACGCCGCAGGGCACCGGGGAGCGGAGGAUGCGGGACGGUCCGUGCCGGCUACUGCUGCUCCUGUGCGGGCUGACUGCGGCACACCCAGGCCGGGACUCCCGAGAGGCAGAUACGGAUCCUCCUGUUGUCGGGCAGGCACGGUUCUGGGCCGUGUAUCCGGAGCUGAGGCGUGACGGACACAGACUCACCCUGGAGGAAGCAGUUCAGGCUCUUCCCGGUCGCCUGCAGCUCUCUAUGCAGAUAGAUGGGAACGUUGUCCAGAUAGAGCUGCAGCACAACCGACACCUCCUGCCGCACUCUCACACUGUCACCUAUUACCUUCCUGACGGGAGACGGCGGACGAAUCCCUUCUCAGAGCCGGUGAACUGUUACUACCAGGGGAAGGUGCAGGGAGAGCGGGUCACCUGGAGCAGCCUUAGUCUGUGCUCCGGACUCAGGGGGACGAUCGUUAUGUCUCCGGAGCGCCAGUACAGUAUUGAGCCAGUCUCAGGAGAUCCCUACCACAAGCACAUACUGCGGCAGAUCCAGGACAGGCGGAACGUGACGUGUGAGACCCGGGACAGGCUCCGCAAUGUAUCUGCCAAUCACAGGACAGGAAGGGCACUGCUCAGCACGGACAACCCCCACCUUACAGAAGAGGAGCGGUCACUUUCACACCAGGCAGAGUCACAUCGGGUGAGGAGGGAUGUAACCAGUGAGAUGAAGUACGUGGAGCUUGUGAUAGUAGCGGAUAAUAGUGAGUACCAGAUGCUUCACCGAGACCUGAAAGCGCUCUACCUGCGGAUACUGGAGAUCGCCAACAAGGUGGACGCGUAUUACCGGGUGCUGAACGUCAGAGUGCUGCUGGUGAUGGUGGAGGUCUGGAGCCAGAAAGACCAGAUCACGGUCAGCACCGAUCCUGCAGAGACGCUGAGCAGGUUCCUGUCCUGGCGAGAGAAAGAGCUGCUGCCGCGGGUUCACCAUGACAACGCCCAGCUCCUCACGGGUGUCACAUUUACGGGCUCCUCGGUUGGCAUGGCGACCAUCAACUCCAUAUGUACGGCGGAUCGUUCUGGAGGCGUGAACAUGGACCACUCCGUCAGUAUCCUGGGAGUGGCAUCCACCGUGGCGCACGAACUGGGACACAAUCUGGGUUUGAGCCAUGACACAGGAGAGCGGAAAUGCGGCCAACCGACGGUCGGGAAGCAGUGGAUAAUGGAGCGGUCUUCUGGGUUCAUGCCGGGCUUGGAGUUCAGUGAGUGCAGUCUAUCUGACCUGACUUCCAGCCUGCAACAAGGGGGAGGAGUGUGCCUGUUCAAUGUCCCCAAACCGGACAGCAUAUUCGGAGCACCCAUAUGUGGAAACCUAGUGGUGGAGAAGGGAGAACAGUGUGACUGCGGCCUGGUACAGGAUUGCACAGACCCAUGCUGUAAUGCCAGCACAUGCCAGCUGGUGGAGGGGGCAGAGUGCGCCAUGGGUGGUCUGUGUUGUGAGCAGUGUCAGAUGAAACAUUCAGGCACUAUGUGCCGGGAGCCAUUGGGGGACUGCGAUCUGCCAGAAUUCUGCACUGGGGCAUCACCGCACUGCCCCCCAAAUGUCUACUUUCAGGAUGGGGAGCCCUGUGGGAAAGGACAGGCUCACUGCUACCAAGGAGAAUGUAGAACUCUUCAGAGCCAGUGCCAGUACCUCUGGGGUCCAGGCUCGUCUCCAGCCCCGCUUUCCUGCUUUGCGAAAGUGAACAUGAGAGGAGAUAAAUACGGAAACUGUGGACGAAGAGUGAAUGGCACUUACCUGCCCUGUACACCAAGGAAUGUCCUGUGCGGCACCAUUCAAUGUCAGGGGGGAAGUAAUCGCCCCCUGCUGGGGUACGGUGCAAAGAUCAUCACCAUCAGUGUCCUUAUCAAUGGCUCCCAGACCUCCUGCCGUGGCACAUACUUCAACUUGGGAGACGAUAUUUGGGACCUGGUUGCUGUGAAGACGGGGACGGUCUGUGGAGCAGGAAAGGUCUGUGUCAAUCAGCAGUGCCAGGAUGUAGCAGCGCUGAAAGUACAGUCCUGCAGGAACAAGUGCGGAGGACAUGGGAUCUGUAACAGUAACAAUAACUGUCAUUGUGACCUUGGCUGGGCCCCACCGGACUGUGAGCAGUCUGGGUACGGCGGCAGCGCCGACAGUGGGCCGGUGGCCCUGGAGCGUGGCAGCAGUACAGUCACCAGCACCGUGCUCCCAGUCCUCCUGCUCCUCCUCCUCCUCCUCUGCCUGAUCAUUACCUGUUACCGGAAGAGGAGCUGUAUCCAGAGCAAGCUCAGUAACACCUUCAGCAAGAGCAGCAAAUGUCAGUACAGAGUAACUCAGAACAGCAGCCAGCCCCGCCCACAGCGCCCACCUCCGCCUCACUGGACGCAGAGUACGGAGCUGCAGGUGAUGUCCGCCAGUCAUCAGCCCGAUUAUCAGGGCACUGACCGUCCAGAGCCACCGUCCAAGCCUCUCCCACCUGACCCAGUGCUGAGGCGCUGCCAGGCUGAUGCUCAGGACAGGCCACCUGCCCCAAGUCGCCCUCUUCCUGCAGACCCCCUCCUGAGGAAGGCCCAGGUCUCCGCCUCAGUGAAACCACCUCUACCCAAGAAACCGAUACCCCUCAGUCCUGUAUUACCCUGCCAGGACCCCUUGCUUGGUGUGCCGGCGUAUCCUGACCAUAUCACAGCAUUGCCAACACGCAGGCAUGCUCCCCCACCGCCCUACACAGGAAGGACCCCCUGGCUGUAGCAGGGACAUGGAGACUGCAUGGAGGAGACCCCACUAGAGGGGCUGGCACCCAGGAAGUCGCCCUGUGACGCAGAAGGAGGAGAUAUGUGUAUAUAGGGGAUUGCAGUACUGUGUAUAGUAUGUGGGGCUGUACCCUGCACCCCCAGCUGGACUUGUGGGGCCCCCCUGAAUGGACUCUAUAAUACUGUAUAUAGCUGGUUCAUGUGUGUUUUUUACGGCAGAGCGUGUAGGGAGGGUUUACGUAAUAAUGUGCAAUAAGAGGGGGGGUCUGGCUGGAGGGAUUUAUUUAACGAUGGCACGCUUUGUGCUGAAUGGAGGGCCAGACGCCUGGGAGGUGAGCGGCAUUUCCUGCUGUUACUCUGAGUGGCCAGCAGGGGGCAGAAUGGGCUUGUUGUAUCAGACUGUCUCAUAGGAAACCUUGUGACUAUGAAUUCUCCAUGAUGCUUGAUGGCAGAUAAAGAAAUAUGGCUAA